AUGGCUGCAUCUGCGCUGGUCAGAGUCUCACUGUCUAUUGGUCCUGGCAAGAUCACCGCCGCAGAUGCAGAGUCGUGGGACUGGGCGGCGGAGGGGGAUGAGGAGGCAGGCAUCGAGCUCAAUGCCGGGCGCUCCCUCGUCGAGCUUGCCGUCACGAACACGGGUGACCGCCCAAUCCAGGUUGGAUCACACUACCACUUCAUCGAGACCAACAAAGCUUUGGUGUUCGACCGUGCGAAGGCUUAUGGCCGACGCCUGAACGUCCCCUCGGGCUCGGCUGUCCGCUUCGAGCCCGGCGAUUCCAAGGUGGUGACGCUCGUGGAGAUCGCCGGCAAGAAGCGAGUGGUGUGGUCGAUAAAGUCAGUUCCACAGCUACGAUCUGACCAGCAGUGGAGGACUGCAGGUGCGGCCGCCCACACUUUUGACAGAGGCACCGACCGCUUGCCCGAGGUGCUGAAGCGUGUCGAAGAGGGCGGAUUUGGCCACCAGGUCUUGGCCCGGGAUCGCUACGCGGAGCUUUUUGGACCCACAGCGGGGGACAAGGUCCGCUUGGGCGAUACUAACCUCGUUGCAGAGGUGGAGAAGGACUUCACAGUCUAUGGCGAGGAAUGCAAGUUCGGAGGCACAUAUUGGAAGGAGGGGGUGGGUGGGACAAGAGAAGCCUGGUCUAAGGUUUUGCUUUCAGGGCUUUGGUGUGUCGCAUUUCGGGCUGGUGGCUUCGUUCCUGCAGGAGCAUGCUAA